AUGAAAGCAUAUAAUACAGCAACGAGCACAGUUCGCACUUCCAGGCCUAGUCCUAGUCUUAGUCAGAAUGAACAUAUCAGUGGCAUUGGGGAUUAUGUAUUUUUCCAGAAUGUUCCGGAAUAUGAAGAAGUUUUUAGCUCAGCUUAUGCAAUAGCGUUGUGUGAACUCAAUAACGAUACCGAGCUAAAGAGUAGCUCUGUGUACAAUCAGAACAGCCCCACCCUGCCCAUUGUCAACUUCGAAGAAUUCCUGGGCGACAACGAUGACAUUACUGAUCAAGAUCUCGUCGCUUGGGUUUCUAUCGGAUGUAUCCAAUUUCCGAGCUCCGAAGAUAUCCCGAACGCUGCGACGCCUACGAACACGGCCAGGUUCUUUCGUCGGCCGUUCAAUUACUUCGACGCCGAUCCUUCCAUAUAUUCUACCGGUGCAGUGUUUAUCAAACCUUCGACAGACAAAAGUGGUUCAGGUCCUCCUGUGGUUGCGAGCCGUGUGGAUCAUGGUAAAGAUGUCUGCGUGCCAAGAAAAUAUGACAUUAACUUAACAGGAACUUACGAUUGA